AUGACGCCCAAGCCCAAAAUUGUGCUUAUUGGAUCUGGAAUGAUAGGAGGCGUGAUGGCCACCUUAAUUGUUCAAAAGAAUUUAGGAGAUGUGGUUAUGUUCGACAUUGUGAAAAACAUGCCACAGGGAAAGGCUUUAGACACAUCCCACUCUAAUGUUAUGGCAUAUUCAAAUUGCAAAGUCACAGGAUCAAACUCUUAUGAUGAUUUGAAGGGUGCUGAUUUGGUUAUUGUGACAGCUGGAUUUACCAAAGCUCCUGGAAAGAGUGAUAAAGAAUGGAACCGAGAUGACUUACUACCAUUGAAUAACAAAAUUAUGAUUGAAAUUGGUGGUCAUAUAAAAAAAAAUUGCCCAAAUGCUUUCAUCAUAGUUGUAACAAACCCUGUUGAUGUAAUGGUACAAUUAUUAUAUGAACAUUCAGGUGUUCCAAAAAAUAAAAUUGUUGGUUUAGGUGGAGUUCUAGAUACAUCUAGGCUAAAAUAUUAUAUUUCACAAAAGUUAAAUGUGUGUCCACGAGAUGUAAAUGCCCUUAUUGUAGGAGCCCAUGGAAAUAAAAUGGUUCUUUUGAAAAGAUAUAUUACUGUAGGAGGAAUACCAUUACAGGAAUUUAUUGAUAACAAAAAAAUUACAGAUGCUGAAAUUGAAGCCAUAUUUGAUAGAACCAUUAACACAGCUUUGGAAAUUGUCAAUCUCUUAGCAUCUCCAUAUGUGGCCCCAGCAGCUGCAAUUAUAGAAAUGGCUGAAUCAUAUUUGAAAGAUAUUAAAAAAGUUCUUGUAUGUUCCACCUUAUUAGAAGGACAGUAUGGCCACAGCAAUAUAUUCGGUGGUACUCCACUCGUUUUAGGUGGAGCAGGAGUUGAGCAGGUAAUUGAGUUGAAGUUGAAUGCAGAAGAAAAAUCAAAAUUUGAUGAAGCAGUUGCCGAGACCAAAAGAAUGAAGGCUCUUAUAUAA